AUGGAUCCCGCGGAGGACUGGUUAGUGGAGUCCUUGCGCUUGUACCAGGAUUUCCAUGCAUUCGAUCUCUCAGGAGCCACUCGAGUUCUUGAAUGGAUUGGUAACAAAGGAGUCUUUGUAGCUGGCUAUGAAAGCCUGAAAAAAAAUGAAAUUCUUCAUCUGAUACUACCUCUCAGACUUUCUGUAAAAGAAAAUCAGGGUUUACUCCCAGAAAGAGAUUUCAAAGUACACCAUGGAGGAUUUUCAGACCAGUCUGUCUUUGACUUAAAGCAUGUGCCAGAUACCAGAUUGCUGGUGACCAGUGGCCUUCCAGGUUGUUACCUGCAGGUAUGGCGGGUUGCAGAGGACAGCGAUGUCAUUAAAGCUGUCAGCACCAUUGCUGUGCAUGAGAAAGAGGGGAGCCUCUGGCCCAGAGUAGCCAUCUUCUCCUCAAUGGCACCUGGAGUCCUCCAUGGGGUGAGGCUCAGCAGUCUGAAGAUUGUGGAUCUGGAAUCCCAGAAGACCACAUACACCUCAGACAUCAGUGACAGUGAGGAGCUGAGUAGCCUGCAGGUCCUAGGUGCAGACACCUUUGCCUUCUGCUGCACCUCGGGCCGGCUGGGACUUGUUGACACCCGCCAAAAGUGGGCACCGUCAGAGAAUCUCAGCCGCAGCCCUGCAUCUGGUGGACAGAGAUGGUGUGCAGAAAUUGGAGGCAGGGGCCAGAGCCCUGGGCCCAACAUUGCCAGCCUUGGCUCAGGUGGGCAGCUCCGUCUCCUUGACUCCCGGAAUCUUUGCCAUCCUGUGAGCUUAGUCCAGUGCCCAGUGUCCACACCUAGCCCCGACCCAGAGCUGCUGCGAGUGACUUGGGCCCCAGGCCUGGACAACUGCUUGGCCAUUUCAGGUUUUGAUGGGACAGUCCAGGUCUAUGAUGUCACGUCUUGGGAUGGAAUAGGGAGCCAAGUAGAACCUCUCUUUACUCACAGAGGUCACAUCUUCCUAGACGGAAAUGAGACGGACACUUCUCCACUGGUCACGACCCACACCUGGCACCCCUCCAAACCAAGGACUUUGUUAUCGGCAGCAAGUGACGCCUCUCUGCAUGUGUGGGACUGGGUGGACCUUCGUGUCUCCUGCUGACAUGAGAGUCUUUCUGCCCAGGUCUCUAGAAGGAGGAGCUGUUGUAAUAGCAAGGAUACUGACAUAGGACUCAACUGACCACAGGUCCUUGUUCCCAACCACGUGGCCUUGGGCAAGGUCCUCCAGCUUCUCUCAGCCCCUUUCCUUAUCUGCAAAAUGAAGACAGUAAUAACUACCUUGCAGUGUUGUUGGGAGGUUGGAAGUGAUGUGUUAGAGAGUGGCUGGUAGGACGCCUGGCACCACGAGUUAUUUGGUAGCUACUGUUAGAUCUGGGACUUCCCCCAGAGUUAAAACAGCAGUGAUUUGUCCCUUGUCGUCUUCACAGUAUCAUAGAAUCAAGAGCUAAUGAAUGUAAACAUGUUCUGUGAACUUUUUUACAGAAUAAAAAAAAGUAUAAGGGCCAAUAAACAUGAAAAAAAUGUCAAGCCCAGUAGCAAUUAAGGAAUAGCAAUUAAAACAAGGUUCUGCUGUUCUGCCUGGUAAAUUACCCAAUGUUAAAACAUAAUUGCUUUAGGGCCGGCCUGUGGCUCACUUGGGAGAGUGUGGUGCUGAUAACACCAAGUCAAGGGUUAAGAUCCCUUUACCGGUCAUCUUUAAAAAAAAAAACAAACAUAAUUGCUUUGAACAGCUGAGAGAGCUUACGUGAUACAUGGCACAGAAGGGCAGCGGAGCCACAUGGCUCUUCGUCCAGCUGUGGGAUAUACCAUUGUUGAGUUAAUGUAUCCAAUACACUGUUAAAUGACUAUUAAAAUUUUCUAAUCUUUUGCUGUUACAGAUAGUGUGAUGAACAACUUUUGUACCUGUGAGUAAUAUGUCUUUAGGAUAAAUUUCUAAAAAUAGAAUUGCUGAGGCAGAGAAGAUAUGCAUGUUUAGGUUUUAUAAAUACUGCCAUAGUGCCCUCCAUAGAGAUUUUGCCAUUUUGUGCCCCCGCCAGCAGUGAUGGGUCUGUUUCCGUCUUCACUGACAAAGUCUGUUUAGUGGCUUUGUGACCUUUGCCAGUCUGAUAAAUGAAAAAUCAUUACUUGUAACUUUAGUUUGUUUCUCUCUUAACAUAGGAGGUUGGGACUUCUUAUAUUUAAACACCUGCAGCACUGGGAGUUCAGGCAGAGGCUGGGCUGUCCUCUCGGGUGGCUCUCACUGGAACACAGCCUUCACCACGGUGGUGCUUUCCCACUCCUGUCCCGCCGGGGGGAGGCCCAAGGGACAUUUCUUUUUGGUAGCCCCACAUAUAUACAAU